AUGUCUAACAUCACAUCUCCAGAGGUCUCCUCCUCUAAUCCAACAUCCCCAUCAAUUUCGGAUCUGUCUUUUCUAUAUUUUCUCCAUUUUGUUGAUCACCCAGGUACCAUCCUAGUCUCCACCCCUCUCAAUGGUGACAAUUAUCCUACCUGGAAGAGGGUCAUGAAAAUGGCAUUGAAUGCUAAAAGUAAGUUUUGUUUCACUAAUGGUACCCUCCCCAAACCAACAACCUCCCCAGUAGAAACUCAAUUAUGGGAACGUUGCUGUGAUAUGAUCUUAUCAUGGAUCCUCAACUCCAUUGAUAAAUCCAUUGUUUACAAUCUUAUCUAUCAUGAAUGCCAUCAUGAUGUAUGGCUGGAUCUUGAGGAUUAUUUCUCUCAAAGCAACAAUCCUAGAAUUUUCAAGUUGAAGCGUGACAUUGCUACUCUCACCCAAGGCUCCAUGACCAUCUCUGUGUAUUUUACAACACUUAAAGGUCAUUGGGAUGAACUCGCCAUGCUUGCCUCCACACCAUACCAAAUUUUGGCCAUGGAUCCUUUACCUCCUGUUACCAAGGUCUACUCAAUUUUGCAUCAAGAAGAGAGGCAACGCCUUCUUCAUAUCUCUAAUGUUCCAAUAGAAUAUGCUACCAUGGCAGUUCCUAGUAAUUUUUCUCAUCAUCCUGAUAGCAAGGGGCAAGGGCGUGGUCAUCCAAAAUGUGACCACUAUGGCCAUGAUGGUCAUUGGAAAGCCCAUUGUUAUAGGCUGCACGGUUAUCCCAAUAACAAGUCUCAAUCUCGUGGAACUCUUGAUGGAAAAUCUGGUUCUUGA